GCCUGGAGGUAUUGGUGAUCCACUGCUACUAGACACGGGAGCCUGUUAAGCGAAAGCUUCUAUUCCGUCCACAACCAUUUGAACCAUAUGAGUUUGUUGUUUCAAACACCAAGGUGCCUAAUUAGUCACUUUAUUACUAGCCAGCUGAACCAUCUUAGCUCGUCACAAAAAUACUGGAUAUUGAAACUUGAAUCUGUUCCAAAGGAACAAACUUCUGUUGAAGAAAGCCUGGGAUUCGGGAAGAGUUUGUACUGCUUUUCGAGGUUGUGACACGCCUGUCGUAUUGCAGCAGGGUAAAUGGAUUCUAAACCUCGUGAAUCCAGGACGAACUUUCGAGUGGGCUGUAAAAAAUGUGGAUUUACCGGUCAUUUAACAUUUCAAUGUCGCAAUUAUUUACGCGGUGGUGUAUCAGGUGAUGUGGUUCUAGAUGUAAGCAGUACCAGCUCUCAGUCUGAUGAGAGCGAAAUAAUUGCGGCAGCCUUAGAAUUACGACGUGCUUCAAUGGCUGCAAAGAAGGAAAAGAAAAUGAAAAAGAAGAAACAAAUGUCGAAGCGGAAGCACUCGACCACAGGGUCUUCAGAAAGUAGUAGUAGUAGAUCAUCCACCCCCGAUCACUAUCAUCAUCACCGUCAUCAUAAGAAAAAACACAAAUCGAAGAAGUUACAUAAACGCCCAAAAAGAAAGCAUAAACAUUCUAGAAGUGAAUGACUGUGUUUUUUGGUGAAGGCUUUUAUUCCUUAUUUAUGUACAGAUUUCUCUGUAAUGAAAUAAAUUGUUACUUUUU